UUAAAGAUCUUUUAUAUGGUUACAUUGAGAUUUUUUGGCUCAUUGCAUGUCACAUCAAAUUCUUUCUUCAAUGAAUUGAUUUACAUGCAUACAAACUUGUUGCAAUUGUGUAAAAAUAAAGAUAGUAUUUUAAGUGGAAUGACGAUGAAUAUGAUGUUAAAGUUUGAGAAGUAUUGGGGUUGUGAAGUAAAUCAGAAUUUUUUGUUAUAUAUGGCUAAUGUCUUAGAUACACGUUUGAAGUUGAAAUAUGUGAAAUUUUGUUUUGGUGAUUUGUAUGAUCAUGACAAAGCACAAUUGCUAACAAAUAAGGUGAAAGAUACUUUGGUGAGCUUGUAUGAGUUUUCUUUGAAAAUUGAUGAAGUGGUGGAUAAUAAUAGGCAUAAACAGGAUAGUGCUAUUGAUGAUGUGGAGGUAGAUGUUAACACUUUGGCUCGAUUCAAAAGACAUUUGCAGGAGGAGGAUAGUGUGGAAAAUAAAAAUGAGGUUGAGAGGUAUUUGAUUGACGGUUGUGAGGAUCCUAAUGAUGAUAAGUUAGAUAUUUUAGGUUGGUGGAAAAGUAAUGCUUUGAAAUAUAAGACACUUUCAAAGGUUGCACAACAUGUUCUGGCUAUUCCUAUAUCCACAGUGGCUUCUGAAUCAGCAUUUGGCACAGGUGGUUGUGUACUUGAUCAAUUUCGAAGUUAUCUAUCUCCAGCAACUGUUCAAACACUCAUUUGUUGUCAAAAUUGGUUGCAUCAUGGAUCAAUUUCAACUGAUAUUAGAAGCUUGAUAAAUGAUCUUGAAACCUACGAAAACCUUGAGUCAGAAUUUGGUGGAAAGUUACAUUUAGUAACGGAUGAUAAUUAGUUCAAAAGUUACUUUGAUGGUAAAAAACUACUUUUUUAUUUUUACAUAUUCUAAUUUAUUUUAUCAUGUUAUAAUUUUAGAUCUUGAUUUUCAGGUUUUGAUGUCAAUGGUAUUACAGAAUCAAAGUGCAAUGUUCUUGUCAUCAUGAUGUGCUUUUUGAUUGGGAUGAUGUGCACAAUGAAGAUUUAUAUUUUUUGCAUGAAGUGUUUUAUUUUUUAUGGCAAUGUUAUUUGUUGUUUUUUUUUAAGCCCUUUUGAGGCAAUGCUUUGUAAUUUAAAUUUUAAUUU